GAUUAUGGCUGAACUGAAUCCAUUUCUGCCCAAAGUUUCAUGGAGAGAGGAAGCAAAUGCCAUUGUUGAGGUGGGUUUCUCUCUAAAGUACAACGAUUUUUCAGACUUAUUCAAGAUCAUUUCAGUUAACCAACGAAAUGAAAUACAAACAAGAACGAAAGCCCGUAUAGUAACAAGUAACUUUGAACGAGAAGAAAGAGACUAUUUUCAGCUGUUCAAACCUUCACAGUAUGAAGUGUCUAGAGGAGAUUCAGCUUUCACUGCAUUUGACAGAGAUCUUAAAAAUUUGAAGGAUUUUUCCUUUUCUCCGAGCUUGCGAGAAGUUUAUGCAGCUGCUGAUAUCUUACAAAAAGCCAUAUGUUUGAUAACAUUGCAAAAGGGCACUACAGAGUUUAGAGGAAUAGAUAUUCACCCGUUUCUACAUAAGGGUGAAGAAGAUCUGAAAACCAUCGUUAUUGUUUUGAAGUUUUUCGAAGGUGGCGUAUAUUUUCAAGAAGUUAACUGGCCCGAGGAUCGCCCAUUAGAAACAUCACCUUUCACAAUUAUAAAUAAAAAUCAUGAAAAAUGCCUGGAUAGAAGAUUCUGCAACAGUUUUGACGUUUUAAAGGAUGGCUUUAACUUCAAUUUCCUCUGUAGUGAUACAAACGUAACAAAUGAUGAUGGUUUGACGAUUUUUGAAGUUCUCGGUGAUGUUUUUUACGCAGAUAAAGCUGCCAAUUUCUUCGUCAGAGAAUUAGUUGGUGUUCAUCAGUUAUAUCCACUUCAUAAAGACGUAUAUGCUCGAUUGAUGGAAAAGAAAAUGAAUGUGUAUAUAAAAGAAGAGGACAUUAAACGCGCUAAUGAUGAAAAAGAUCCAAAGAAAAGAGGAAAAUUACAAGAAAAAAAUCGUACAAAUGCUCAAGAGAAACAUUUGAAGGAAUGGAAAAUAUUAGGCGAAGGGGACAGUUUUGCCGUUGCUAGUUUAUAUCACAUUGAGUUGUAUGUUUCUGACGGAAGCAGACAUGAUAUGUUUCAUCCUAUCUGUACAUCUGUUAUUGCUGUUUUCAAGUCGUCUCUUUUCGUGCAGAGGGCAAAGGGUUUGAAUUUGAUAGGAAAAUACUAUGGAGUUUCUUGUCAAAGUAAAAAACCGGAAGUGAUCGGCAACUUCCCUUUGAUCUCAGGAAAGAAGGAGGAGUUCAUCUUUAAUCAGCUCAAGAAAACAGCUUAUAUUUGCUGCCCACCAGAAGGUCGAGGACACACCAGUGCGCAUAGACACCUGAAACAUAUCAAGGAGUCUAAAACACGUUUGGACGAAAUACAGCCAUUCCCGACAAUCAGGACAAAACUUCAAGUUGCAAUAAGCGUCAGCCUUGAAAUGGAAGGUAGACGAAUUGACCACAUAGAGAAUGGAACAUUAGAACAAUGCCUCAGCAAGGAAAUCUUUGGUUCCCAAAGUCAAGAAUGUAUUGAAAGAUUACGGGAAGUCAUUCCUGGCAUUUCGACAGACAACGAUCCUGAGAAAAGAUUGGAAACAGCUUCCAAAGCGAUCAACAUUCCAAUAUAUGUUCUUCGCUUCAAAGACAGAGAAAAAUGUUGGAAGCGAUAUGUUCCUUCAAACGUAGAAACAUCAGACAGACAGCAGUGUACUUUUUAUAUUACCUUUCUACAAGUAGAUAUGGAUGACUAUAUUUGGUUCGAAAGAAUCGUUCCAAUCAAAGGAUGUAACUGUAGUAUUUUUUCGCCGGAAGUUGCAAACUUAAGAAAAGAAGAUCAGAGCUACACCGAAACGCUCUGUAUUGCACAUGAACAAAGACAUACCCCACUUGUUACCUUUCUGACAGAAGAUCCAGAAAUGAUUUUAUUUACACAUGAGGAGCGACAGUAUCCACUUUUUACCAGGUUUUCUGAAACGCGAUCAAUUUUGGAUCGGCCUGACAUGAAAGACAGAAUGAUUGACGCUAACGAUGAUAGCUUCUAUUCCCUGUAUAGAUGUAUCAGUAAAGAAAUCUUUGGAACCGAAAAUCAUUAUGAAUUGAUAAGAAAUGAGGUACUUUUAGAAAUACUUAACAAUCCUGCUAUAUACGCUAAAUUUCUCCGCGACGAACGACAAUCAAAGCAUAAGGAAGAAAUGGACGAGUUUUUGGAUAACUUUCGAUUUCGCAAACACUCAUUCCUUGACAAGAUUAUACCUCGAAGUGUACUAGAGAGAAAUGAGGUUUUAUUCUUUUCAAAUCGUAUUGAAGAUGGUUUAGAAUUAGAAGACCUAGAGCUGUUUGCCACCGCCACUUGCUUUCAAUGCAGCAUUUACGUUGUGUCUAUUGUAAAGAAAGAAACAGAAAUAGAAGAAUUUUCAGGAUGGAGAAAAAUAGAAAAACUGCGCGUAAAAACAAAGCCAUUGGGUUUAGAAAACAGGAUAUUUCAAAGUCAAUGUCAAAAUACAGUGGAACAUUAUGUUACUCUUUUUAAGACAUGUGCUGGAAUUUAUCAGAGAAUCGCAGGGAACAAAGAGUCUAUUGUAUGUAACUGUUUACAAGAGCCACCAGUAGUCCCUUCAAUGAUUAAAAGAGAUGAUUCUAUCAAGAGAAAAGAUUUUGACAUUGGAAUCAUCAGAGUUUAUCAGGGGAUUGAAAGUCAACUUUACAGGACACAGCAAAGAUUUGAAUUCUGGAUGAGAUGUAACAUUAUAUUCGAAAAGUUCUGCACAGAUUCCAUCAAUCUUCUGGAGGGACGAAGGAAGAAAAGUAAUAUUGCCAGUAUUACAGGGUCAUCCAUUGGUUUGAUAGGCGGUGCACUAGCAGCUGCAGGCAUUUUCGCCUCACCCGUCACGGCGGGGGCAUCUCUAGGCCUUGUAGUAGCUGGCGGUGUAGUUUCUGGUUUAGGAAGUGUUGCUUCUGUGAUUUCGAAACUCACAGAGUUAGGCUUAAAUAAAAAGGAAUCAAAUUUAUACAAACGGCUACAAAUGAAUAUGAGAGAACACUCAAGACGCUUAGAAAAUGAAACACAGAAUCUUGAAGAAGUUAUGAUGAAGUUGGAUGAAAUUAUUAAAUCUAAGACAGGUAUUGCAAAUAAAUUAUCAAGGGCAGAUCCCGUACGAUCAUCAGCCAUCUACCUAAGAUCUGUCAGUGGAAUAGCCUCAUUACCAAUAGCAGUUUUACGAGCUUUAUCACGAGCUAUUGUCGCUGCAGAGGCAUUUUUUAUUCCAGCGUCUGUGUUAUUAGAUGGCGUUAUUUUAGUUUUAUCGGCGCGAAACUUGUACAAGGGCUCUAUUACUGGAAAGUCAAAAGAGCUAAGGACAAUGCGGAACUUUUUAAAACUUACAAGGAUUCAGAUGGUAAUAUGGGCAUUUGGAAACGAUGCAAGACAGUAUAUUUACGAAUGCGAGGAUGCUGACUGACUCUCCAAUAAACCCUUUGAGAAUUUGAAGAGGAUAAACUGAUGCGAACGUUUAUCGGACGCGAAAUCUACGGCAUACGUCACUGUUUAACGAUUUGAUGUGACGUCUCAGUAUAACUGAAUAAGUGAAACCCUCUGCCUAUGGAGGGUUCCAAACUCUCAUUUCAGCUUGUUCAUAGACUUUGUUUUAUGGUGCCUCGAAUUAGAAUUUUCAAAUAUAUUUAAUGUAGUUCUGAGUUUAUUUAAACGCACAAAAUUUUAAAGGUAAUA